AUGGCACCGAAAUCGGAUGCGGCGUUCCCCUAUCACGAACCAUCAAUCAAAACACUCCUCAACUACACUGGCUUUCUUUUGACCCUGAACAUAGCCAAUACUUGUCUAGACAAGCUCCUCUACUGUGGAUUAAUCGGCCAACUCUUUAUCGGUGUCCUGUGGGGCACUCCCGGGGCACAAUGGUUCAAUCAAGAGACAGAAAGAGUGAUCCAGCAGAUUGGGUAUCUAGGCCUGAUACUCUUGAUUUACGAAGCAGGCGGUCUCUUAACCUCAGUAAAGUCCUUGAAGGCAAGUAUCCUUCUUUCGGCAGCUGUUGCCAUCACUGGAAUCUGUGUCCCAAUGGGCCUGUCAUUCAUUCUUAAAGGACUUGUAUCAGCAACAUCUCUUCAGUCAUUCGCUGCCGGUGCAGCCUUGAGCGCAACUAGUCUCGGUACCACCUUUACCAUCCUCUCAACCACGCAGUUGACAACUACAAGGCUUGGCAUAGUAAUUACUAGUGCUGCAAUGCUAGACGAUGUGGUCGGUCUAGUCAUGGUUCAAAUUAUCUCAAAUCUAGGUGGAAGUGCCACCUCAUUCAGUGCUUUGACUGUUAUUCGACCAGUUUUUGUUUCCAUCGGGUUCGCUAUCGGUCUUCUAUUGCUGUGUGCAUUCUGUUUACAGCCAGGAUUAAAGAAAUUGCUUGCUUGCAAAGACAAAUUCCCAGCUUUUGUCAGGACUGCACAAUUUGCUUUCCUGACACAGACAUGCGUGUUAAUUGGGAUUGUGACUGGUGCGACGUAUGCUGGAACUUCGAGUCUCUUUGCUGCCUACCUUGCUGGUGUGGUUGUCUCUUGGUUUGAUGGGCUAGUAGCUGAAGCGAAAACACCAAUUCCUGCCUUGCAGUCUGGUGACUUCCACGAGCAGAUUUUCGACCAUCAAGGCAGCCCGCAGAAUACCAAGAACCGGCAUACUGAAGAGACACACUCUUCGCGUGCGCAACCACCCAGGGAAACAGAAAUAGCCCAUAAUGAUACACCUACAGGUGAACUCAUCUACGGCAGAUAUUAUAAAGAACCGGUCAACCGAAUCCUUCUCCCUCUUUUCUUCGCAUCUAUCGGAUUCGCAAUCCCCAUAACCAAAAUGUUCUUGGGCCAAGUUAUAUGGCGUGGGAUUAUCUACGCCAUGCUGAUGAUUAUUGGAAAGAUGAUCACAGGGCUAUGGCUCGUUCGGUUCUCUCCAAGCCCUCUGGCAUGUCUAGUCUCUACCAUCCAGAAACUAUAUGCAUACACUCAUUCCUACUGUGCGAGUCAUUGGAGUAUCAGGAGAAAUUCGAACCAAAACAAGAAAGCCCCACAAAGACCAGCAACUCAAGAUGACAGUGCAGACGUUUCAACACCGAAUAAUGCCAAAGAUGAGUCCCAGCCAGCGAACAGACCCUCUUCACCCAUUUUCAGUCCGGGUUCCCGCAUCUCCCUCCCCCCAAAACCAAAGUCCCUGUAUCCACCUUCUAUCCUGGGCUUGGCAAUGGUAGCCCGGGGCGAAGUGGGAUAUCUCAUUGCUUCGAUCGCUGAAAGCCAGGGAAUAUUCUCCAAAGAAUCUGAUGGUCCCUCUGAGAUCUAUCUAGUAGUCAUCUGGGCAAUCUCACUCUGCACAUUGAUCGGUCCGAUAUUGGUUGGGACUCUAGUCAGACGUGUAAACAAGCUGCAACAGUCAAGGGGUGGUAUGGGGUCUGAUCCUUUGGGGGUUUGGGGCAUUUAA